AUGAAAACAAACACAAUUAAUCCAAGCAAAUAGAAUGAAUGCAUUUUUGAUCAACUUCCUGAAGCAUCUCCAGUCUAUUAGACUGAAUUCAAAAAAUCAAAACCCAUUUAAUAAGAAAAUAACAUUUCUAAUACUUAAGAUAGAACAGAUAAAUAUGGUUUUAAAUCAUAAAAGGAAUUAAAAUAGAAAAAUAAUCCUAAAACUCUUAAUGCUAGAAUAUAAAAAUGGAGAAUAAUGAUUGAAAUUUUUGAUAAAUAGGAAAAACCUGAUAAAAAAUUACUCAAAACUAGAACUCGUAAAGUAUAAAACUACUUAAAUAUAGGGCAUUCCAGAUGGAUUCAGAAUCUUAGCAUGGCCAUAUUUAGCAGGAGUACCUUAAGCCAAAUUAGAUUCAAUCAUUUAUCUAAAAUGUGGAAAAUAUGAAGAAUUCCUCAAAAGUCAAGAAUUUACAUAUGAACAUUAAAUUAGAUUAGAUGUCUUACGUACAUUCCCUGAUAAUGUAAAUUUUCAAGUAUUUAAUAAUUUUACAAAAAGGAUUAAACUGUUUUGUCAGAAUCACUUGUAAAUGUUCUUAAAGCUUUAUCUGUAGCAAUAUCAGAUAUGGGAUAUUGUUAAGGCUUAAACUUUUUAACAGCUGCUUUAAUUAUGGUGACUAAUGAUGAAAAUGUAAAAUAAUAAUGAAAAUACUAGGCAUUUUGGAUAUUGUUUCGUUUGAUGACGAAAUAUAAUCAAGCAGAAAAAUAUAAAAAUCCAAAUUCACUUUUUAGAGAGUUCUUUAUUUUAGAUAGUUUGAUAAAUCAAUAUUAUCCAACAACUGCUAAAAUUUUUAAGAAACAUAACAUAGAUUUAUUUUAUUUUGCAACUGAAUGGUAGAAUAUAUAUAUAUAGGUUAUUUAGGUUUAUAACUUUAUUUGCUUCUACUUUACCUAUAGAUCUCUUCUAUAGAGUCUUUGAAAUAUUCCUUUUAGAAGGAGAAAAAACCUUAUUUAGAUGUGCAUUAUCAAUAAUACAUUUUAAAGAAUAGAAAUUAAUAUAAUUAUAAAAUAAUUUUGAAAAUAGUUUAAAACAUUUGAAAUCUUUAGAUGAUUUUUUUACAUUAGAUAAUGACUAAUUUAUAAAUGUCAUGUUGAAUAAAUUUAAAUUUUCAAGAUAACUUAUUUAAUAAUUAGAUGAAAAGUAUAAGAAAUAAAAGAAAAAAUGA